UCUUAGAUUAUUCAUAAUCUAGUGUUGAAGGUGUUAAGUAACUUCAAAAGUGUUCUUGUCUUAGACUUGAACUAGAGUUGAAGUUGGUGUUGCAUGUAUACAGAUUCUUGUACCCGAACACCAUAAAACAACACUUGUGUCAAGUAAUUCUUUUGUUGUAGUUGAGUCAUUUAUUUUCUGUUUUCUUCAAUGGUCAUGUAAAGAUAGAGAUCCUUCUUCGAGAUGUUUGUGAUGAAUUUUCCUAUUACUAAAUGAUAUGGAAGUGUAAAAGGAAUAUCAUUCACUUAGAUGUUUUUUGCAGGGUUUGGUUAAUAAAGAUUUCCGGAUCGCCUACUCAUUGAAGGAGGAGUGUGGUUCUUCUUUCUUCCUGGAUCUAUUUCCUACUUUUCUACGUGAUGCUCGCGCUGUUAUGCGAAACAUGACCUAUGUUCUUGAGUCAUCGGUUGUGGACUUUGAUAUCUUAAAUGUGCAAUGUCACAAGCUGAAAGGAAGUGCUGCAUGCAUUGGAGCUUGUAAGCUUAAGAAGGCAUGUGAUCCCUUUAUCGCAGGAGUUGACAAGAAGUCCAAGAUUGAGUGUCUGUGGGCAUUAAAAGACAUCAAACAAGAAUGUCGUGUUUUUCGUAGCAAAACAAAAACUUUCAUGAAGCUUGAGAAGGAAAUCGUGGAAGCUGAGAAAUCAAAGUCAUGAUUCGUCACCAGUGAUUCUCUCAUCCCAAUGGACUGGAGUAGCGAUCAGAAGAUGGAAAAUCAAUCAAAGGCCAAUGGUUGGACGUUCAUUUCGAGAAUUGGCCAUAUCUCUGAAGAGUGAAUGUGCUUCACUACUACAAUUCUGCUGGCUAGAAAAACUAUGAAAAAUGAUAUGUUUCAACUUUUUAGUUACCAUCCAUGUGCACAAUGUAUUUGUAUAAGACAGUUGUAGUGUAUUCAUUUGUUUAUCAUGUUUUUAUUUUAUACUUUCGUCUUUUUAGUGGUUAAAAAUUCUAGUUAAGCAAGUAGAAUUUAUUUCAACGAUCACUCAACUAAUAAUUAUUAUUAUGUCACUAAGAUUAACUUUCUUCUAAUUCCAAUUUUUCCAACAACAAAGAAAGUUAUAUUCUGAGCUAA